AUGGUUAAAGAACCGCUGCAGAGACUUUUCAGUAACAGAGGUGUGAAGUGUGGCUCUAUUGGCUUCAUCUUAUUGAACCCACUUAGAAUGGAAGACGAACUUGAAAAGAUUUUCGAACAAAAUAAAGCUUCUAAGGAGUCUUUGCUCAUCAUUCUAAUUGACAGAUCGGAAACUAAAUCUCACGAGUUUCUAAAACUCAUGGAGCGUACAUAUAUGAUUCCGACUCAGCACUUGACGACGGAGCUUGCCAAAAAGUUUCAACGGUGA